AUGGAUAUUAAAUUUAGAAUUUUCAGGGAUAAUGACAUAUAAUGGUCUCGAGAGCUGCAUUCUCAACAACCAGUCUUAUGAGAAUGAAAGCAGAACAAGCCGAGAAGAUGGUUGUGCAUCUGAUUCCCUGGAUGAUCAUUUCUCCGGCUGUUCUUCUAGCAAAGAUGUGUUCGGAUCGUUUUCUUCCAAGUGGAUGAAGAGAGACGAACAGGGUUCGGAUGAAUGGGAGCUCUCAGAAAGCCACAAGCAUUUUUAUGUCAAAGAGAAACCUUCUUAUCCCAUUCAAUUUUCGGAUGUCGAAACAAUGAAAGCAAAUUUUGCAAAGCUUCUAUUGGGAGAAGAUAUUACAGGUGGACGUAAGGGAGUCUCCACUGCUUUAGCUUUGUCGAAUGCCAUAACAAUCUUGCAGGUACACAAAUUCGAAUGUGCAGCUUCAGUUUUUGGUGAGUUGUGGAAACUGGAGCCACUAGCUGAAGAAAGGAAAAACAAAUGGCGAAAAGAAAUGGAUUGGUUACUCUCUCCUACCAAAUAUAUGUUCGAGUUAGUGCCUGCUAAGCAAAACGGCACAAAUGGCAGGACCAUGGAGAUAAUGACUCCAAAAGCCCGUGCGGACGUUCACAUGAAUCUCCCGGCACUUCAGAAGUUGGAUUCGAUGCUUAUAGAAACCCUGGAGUCGAUGGUGAAUUCCGAGUUUUUUUAUACAGAAGUUGGAAGCAAAGCAGAAGGAAGAAACAAGAGUUCAAGGGAGAGCAAGAGGUGGUGGCUUCCAUUGCCAGAAGUACCGAAAACCGGGCUCUCAGAUACGGAAAGGAAGAGGCUGCAAUGUAAAGGCAAGGUGGUAUCUCAAGUAUUCAAGGCUGCGGCAUCGAUUAAUGAAAAUGUUUUGCUUGAAAUGCCUAUCCCAUCCAUCAUUAGGGAUGCCCUUCCCAAGUCCGGGAAGGCAAGCCUCGGUGACGAAUUGUACAAGGUUUUGACUCUCGAGUCCAGCUCAGUCGAGGAAAUGUACGUUUUGCUCAAUUUAAAUUCGGAAAAUAAUGCCCUUGAGGUCAUUAAUAGGCUGGAAGCUGCUGAAUUUGCAUGGAAAGGUAGACUUACAGAACAAACAAGAGGUAAAUCCCCAGUGAGAAAAUCAUGGUCUUUCGUUAAGGAUCCAUUGUCCGAAAUAGAUAAGGCGGGGCUACUAGUGGACCGAUCCGAAACACUUCUACAUCAGAUAAAGAGUGCAUAUCCAAACCUUCCUCAAACUUUUAUGGAUGCUACGAAAAUUCAGUAUGGCAAGGAUGUUGGACAUUCCAUUCUGGAAGCAUAUUCUCGUGUCUUAAAAGGCUUGGCAUUCAGCAUAAUGUGCAGGAUUGGAGAAAUUGUGCAGGAAGAUAGUUUGUGUAACCCGGAUUCGAGUGUCGCAACGUGGUGCUUUCCCGGAAUAAAAGAGGAGAAUCCGAGGCACUCGGUCGUCCAUACAAUGGAGAAAGUAGAGGGGAAGAACUGUGAAUCUGAUACAUACGGAGAGUCGUUCAGUGAUGCAAGUGUACAUGCAACACCAAGUACAAGUAGGAGUCGUCGAGUUUUGUGUAUUGGUAAAGAUACAUGCUGUAGUGUAGGAAUGUCUCCUUGAUAAUAUCAAAUGGAUAUGAAAGUUUGAUUUCAACACUGCUUUUGUA